UUACGGGGGCGCUUUCCAGCGCUGACGCUUGCUGCGCUCGGGGGGGUGUUUUUUCACACCCCUAAGCCAGAAAGUUGCCGCGCUGUAAAUUGCCGGGGCAGACAAGCCCUAGCCGCCUGCAGCGGGCUGGCCCCCUCCCAGACCGCGGGGCGGGAGGAGGGAGACGAGAAGAGGAUAUAGGACGAAACAUGAACGGGAACAAAACAAAUUGUGUCCUGCUCACUGGCUUCAUUAUUCUGGCUGUGUUUUGCAGUUCUGGAUAUAUGCUGAAGUGUUACAACUGUCCACUUACUGCUCUGCCAUGUAAGACCAAUAUUACCUGCCCAAGUGACACUGAUUCUUGCCUAUGGAUUAAAAGUGGUGAAAGGACGCUCUUUGAUUGCUAUAAAUAUUCCAACUGCGAUAUGAACGGAAUUAAAGAGAAAUACAAGUUGGACAACUUUAAUUUCAAAUGUUGCCAAAAAGAUCUGUGUAACAGGAGUCAAACCACAAUGAUUAGUACAGCAGUCUUCAGCAUUGCUACCGUGAUGACCAUGAUCUGGAUACUCUGCUUUUAAGAUGGAGGGGAAAAAAGAUAAUUUUGUUUUCUUAAAUACCUACUGAUUUAUAAAUCAUACAUAUAAACAUGCUGUCUAUUGUAUACAAUUUUUGUGCCUAGAGUAGUUGUGAUUGAGAAAGCAGACUUAGAAAAAAACAGUUUUUGGAAAAGCUAUAUGUUAAAAUGUAGGGAAAGUACAUCUGUAGUGGUAGAUAAUUAUAACUUCUAUCAAGAAUCUGCAGUUAUGUGUUAUCUGGAGUAAAUUCUUUCCCUUGCUUGCAGUGAGUUUCACAUCUCUGAUCUGAUUUGAGUUUGUCCUUUGCACUCCAGUUGUGGCAAUGUUACAUAGCCUUUCAAAGGUGUAAGCCAUUUUUUAAAGUCAGACUAUUGUUUGUGAAACUGUUAGGAGUUGGUCUUGCCCAGUAGUUUUUCCUUUAUUUUCUUAUGUAAUUGUUCUGCUUGAAAAUAUGUUUAACAAAUGCACCUAACUCCCCAUAUCAGGUCAUAAUUGCUUUUUUGUAGAACACUUAUAACUGCCAAAAUUGUAUUAUUAUUGGUACUGCUUUGUGGCUAAUGCACUGCAUGUUUAUACAUGAAAUGACUCUCGACAGUCUGUUUUGUUAUAAAGUGUAGUGACUCAGACUGGGGUGAUAUCUGCAGUCCCUCUCAUAUUCCUGGAGAACUUCUGUAGGAGAACUUCUUCUCCUUUCUGAGAAGUAAUGUAAAUACACUGAGGGGCAUGCUCUUACUUCACUUAGAGAAGGGGUGAAGUGAAUUACCACUGUCCUUUUUUUUUUUUUUUUUUUUUGGAUGCUUGAGAUCUUUAAUCUGUGGCAUCUAGAGUUUCCUAUGCUGAGCACUACACUUCAUCUUGGUGACUGUGUCUUUGAACAGAUUGUAAAGGCACCAUGAUGCAACUGAUGGCAAGUUUUUUUUUUUCCCUUCAAAAUGAUUUAUCCACUUAAACAAUUCUGUAACUUCAGUGAUCGUUCAGACUCAGCAGUAAUGUGGGGUGAUAAUAAAAUAUGAGCUGUGGCUGGUUUAUUUA